UCUUUUUUUCUUGAUAACAUGGAUAAGGGUUAUCCUUCAAAGAAUGCGUCAGUCAAGGACUAACCGGACCCAUGCAACGACCCCUGCAAAAAAAAUUAUAAAUAUAAAUUUCGUUUUAAAGGAGAAUAUUCCGAUGAAAACAUAGAUGGACGGGGGCCGAUUGAUUUUCGUGGCUAUCCAACUCUUUCUUUUAGUGCUAAAAACAACAACAAAAACGAAAAUUGUAAUCUGUUAAUUCAGUAAGUGUAGCUCGUGUAGAUACAUCAUGCUCAUUCUGAAAUGUUACUACAGCUCAUGGCUGUUUUUAUGGUAUCCCUGUGUUGACWGUCUUGUGAUACAAGAAUCCAAAAUGGCGGGUAUGUCAGCAGUGAGUGCAGGAGCAAAAGGUCGCCUUAUUGCCGUCAUCGGGGAUGAAGAUACGUGUACUGGUUUUCUUUUGGGGGGAAUUGGAGAGAUCAAUGCCAAAAGACAAAAAAAUUUCUUUGUCGUUGGCAAAGAAACGUCUGUCAGUGAAAUUGAAGACAAGUUUCGUGAAUUUGUGAAUAGAAAAGAUAUUGCUAUUCUUCUUAUAAAUCAGAAUAUUGCAGAGGAAAUACGUCAUGUGUUAGACGGAUAUGAAAGUGCAAUCCCUGCUGUAUUAGAAAUYCCGUCUAAAGAACAUCCAUAUGAUCCAUCAAAGGAUUCCAUUCUUAGAAGAGCAAAGGGUCUAUUCAGCGCAGAAGACUUCAAGUAAACAUARCUAGACUCUUACAUAAAAUUGUCUUCAAAUUAUUUAUGAACUUUGAAUUGAUGAAAUAGCUUGAUUAAUGUCGAUGCCAUUUUUUGUCAAUUAUUYCUGCUUUGCAGUCGUAAUUCUAGCCUGAGUUCAUCCAGMGUUUACCCGUAAACACGACRGUUAAUUUUGAAAAUAWACCGGAUGUACGCAGGCUAUCGUAAUUCAGUCAAAAGACAAAAAAUUGGCAUCCRUACUAUUGGCUUAAUUASAGACAAUAAUUGAAAAAUUAUUUUCUUUCUUUUUUCAAAAAUCAUUUUCAGCAAGUAAGAAAUAUGAAAGAAUAUUGUCCAGUACAGUAAUUCAUAUUCGUCAUAUUAGCACUUUCCUAUUCAAAUAAUUAUUGUAUAUAAGCAGAGGAACAAAAAGGUUUUUCAUCAGGGUUUUAAGGAGGCAGUGCCAAUAACUAGGGAUCUUUUUGCAAUUGUAUUUAGAUACUUGUCACGGCAAAGUUUUUAUCAUGGAUUUCAGGGAUUAAAAUCAAGCGUGCAAAAGCGACACUGAUUAGCUUAAGAUUAAAAUGUAACAUUUGCCAGUAACUUAAAAUCCCUGAAAUCCCUGAUAAAGACUUUGCCGUGUCAAGUAUUGCAGCUUCAUAGCCUCCUUUGCAGCCUUCUCCAGAGUAAACAGGAUUAUAUGUCCUUUUGGUCAAGCUGUKACUUAACAAAGGAAUCCCAUGGAGUGGAGUUGCUUGUGAAGGAGGCUCKUAGCUUCAAUUUCUCACAUAUCACUUUAUAAUAGCAAGCCAAAUGUGAUAGUUCUUUAAGACAAAUCAGAGAACACUUAGAUUGCAGCCAUCAACGUUUGGUKUUUAAGAUGCUUCAAUUUUGUGCAUUGAGAACAUGAGAAAAUGGYUUUGAUUGGUUCUUCUUGUGAUUGACARAUAGGUGACCAUAGUUUGUUGAUGUUUAUUUUGCAGUAAGAAUUUUAUUCAACAAUUGGCCAUAAAUUUAAAACUAAACUCUUAAAUUUUAAAAUYGUUCUGAAAAUUAGCAACAAGCAAACAAUUCUAAACAGGAAAACAGCUGAUUAAAUAUAUAAAAAGUACUAUUAUUAACGUACACUUUAAAUUUAUCAAAAUCAUUGUAGUGUAUGAGUGUAUGGUAGGGUAAUUAUUGUAAGCGAAUUUUUUCCAACGAAUAAAUUUCCAAAUUUCAAAGGGUUUAAAAUGUAAAA